UGAUCUUGGUGGCACAGCAGUUAAUGGACAUACCAGCCUCCCGCCGACUGCAACCCUUUUUGCAGGAGUUUUGUUUUUUUUUUGUUUUGUUUGAGCUGGGCUUGCAACUAAAAGUGAGGAUUCCACAGGUGGGUUAGUGAAGGAAUCUAUUGCACAAGUUUGUUUCAACAGGGCGCGCAGUGUUCUAGUCAGAAUUGUAUGUCCAACAUGACGUCGGCGCCCGGUAGCAAGUCUCUCGGUGAUAUCAAGCAGACCGCUAUAGAGGACUCCAAGCACUAUGUAUACAUUACGGCAGACCCACUCAACCUUGUCCCGCUCGUUGAUUUUGUUCGAAGCGAUGAAGCAGGAGCUGUCGCUACAUUCUCUGGAACGACCCGUAACACGUUUACAGUCAAGGGUACGACAAAAAAAGUCCUCCAUUUGACAUACGAAGCCUAUAUUCCGAUGGCUUUGUCACAACUCCACCGCAUCCUAGAACAAGCGCACGUUUUAUAUCCCUCCCUCAUCCGUACUGCUGUCGCUCACCGCCUUGGACUAGUGCCAAUAGGUCAGGAGUCGGUCCUCAUAACAGCAUCUUCACCACACAGAAAAGAUGCACUGGAUGCCGCGUCGUGGAUCAUUGACGAACUCAAACGAAAAGUACCAAUCUGGAAAAGAGAGGAAUACGCAGAUGGAAGUGUUUGGAAGGAAAAUGCAGAAUGUAAUUGGUCGGGCGGAACGAACUAAAAGCUCUCCUUUCCCAAAUAAUGGGUUUGCGGCAGCUUGGGCGUAGAUCCAGGCGCAUAUGUACGGGCUACUUCUUAGGUUAUUCACGGGGUCAAAUUUAUUUACAAACAAGCUAGUAUAGAUUCUGCAAAAUGACGACCGUUAGACGAACGUGCUUAUGUAUGAAGGGGUUACUUGCGUUAUUACUUACCGUUUUCUUCAUAAUUCUCAAAAACUCUUCUUGAUUAAUUUCGCCAUCAC